CUUCGCUAGAUGCGCUUUCUUUUUCAGAUUCCAAUUUUAAAAAUAAAAUAUCUCCCUGUAUGUUACCAUGAAGAUAGUUAUCUGUUAUACGACGGCAAUAAAAAAUUAUCUAUCGGUAGAUUAAGCGUAAUAAUUUACCGCCGUAAUAAGGCAAUCAUAGCUGCCAGUUAAUCUGUGCGAAAUCUUUCAUCCUUGUUUUUGGACUCGCCGUUUAGACCGGAGCCGAGGGGAGAGGAUGUGGGAAUCAAUUUUUCUAACGGUGAUUGCGACCGCCGGCAACAACAUCGGUAAGAUCCUUCAGAAGAAAGGCACGAUCAUUCUUCCUCCGCUCUCUUUCAAGCUCAAGGUCAUAAGGGCGUAUGCUUCAAACAAAACAUGGGUGAUAGGUUUCCUCAUGGAUAUAUUUGGGGCAUUAUUGAUGUUAAAGGCAUUGUCACUGGCUCCUGUCUCUGUCAUCCAACCAGUUUCUGGCUGUGGACUUGCAAUUCUUUCUAUCUUUUCUCAUUUUUAUCUCAAGGAAGUCAUGAAUGCUAUUGAUUGGAUGGGCAUUACCUUGGCGGGUUUUGGCACAAUAGGAGUUGGUGCUGGAGGUGAGGAGCAAGAAGCUGCUGCCUUAUCUAUUUUUCAUAUCCCUGUGCUGGCAUUUGCAGUUUUCAUCUUGUUUGUUCUUCUCAACGGGUGGGUUCAUAUGUGCAAGCGUCAUAGGAGGGAACAGGAGAUGAUGGAAUAUGAUGUUGUUGAGGAAAUCAUUUAUGGAUUGGAAUCUGGAAUUUUGUUUGGGAUAGCAUCUGUAAUGUCAAAGAUGGGGUUUUUAUUUCUGGAGCAGGGUUUUCACAAACUGUUAGUCCCUGUUUGCAUCUUGAUCAGCGUGUGUUGUAGUGGUACGGGAUUUUUCUACCAGACAAGCGGUCUAAAGCAUGGGCGGGCUAUUAUAGUUUCUACGUGUGCUGCUGUGGCAUCAAUUUUGACUGGUGUGGUUGCUGGGAUGCUUGCUUUGGGUGAGCGACUCCCUUCUGCUCCAAAAGCUCGCCUAUUGCUUCUGCUUGGAUGGUUUUUCAUUAUUGUGGGGGUGAUUUUGCUUGUUGGUUCCAGACGGCUAAUCAGAUUCCUUCCGUCACGUUCAAGACGCUUUAUGAGAAGUGGUGCUGAUAAGAGUUAUAGCACUGGCCCUAGAAGAUCUGGGGCUUCCUCUGUUAGGGAACCAAGCCCGAGUGCUGUCAUUCAAGCAGCAACAUUAAACCAUUUGCUGUCAUCAUCUUCCAAAGAAAAAGCUUGAUCUGACAUCCAAAGGAAAGUUAUCCCUAUCUCCCCUAAUUAUUAAGAUAUGUUCUGACCUUCCUGUUAUGGUUAGGGUGUAUGUACAGGAUAAUGCUGCCUCGCCAGGGGAUAUGAAUAUUUUGGAAUCAUUCCAUCUAAUAUAUUAUGAAUACAUUUUUCGUUUAA